AUGCGCCCAGCAGCCCUCGCGGGAGCUUCGGGAGGAGUCGUAUCUGCAAUCCUAGGAUUGGUGAGUGAUUCAGUGUCCAGGGACUUUGCGGAACCUAUCCACUGCCCAACUAUCCAGGACAUUUUUCAUCCUCCUGCUUACUGGACUUUGAAUUAUCCCAGCUUGCUUUUGGGCAUUUUGAUAGGGCUGCUUGUGGGACCGGUCUUGGAAACUUUGGUUUUGUUGCGACAACUUUGGGCUCUGCAGAUCAGAGCUCGAUUUCGUGUCCAAGGAGUGGCACGGUGCGAGAUGACUGCUCUCAAUGCUUCGAUGAUGGCAACAACUUCCAGAGGAUGGGUAGAACAUCGGAGCAAACUGGGGCAUUACCCUGCAACAAUUCGUUUGAUGUGGAUUGUAGCGGGGAUUCACGAUUGCCUCAAGCGGGGGGAGAUCCAGCAAGCCAGGGCAAGGUGUGCACUAGCUCUUGCGGCCACCGACCAGUCAGCCAUCGACAUGGGCAAUUGGAGCCUCGCACAGGAAUUUCUUCCCGAGCUCCCGCCUCCUUAUCAAUCCUUCACCAAUCGCCGGGCUCCAGAUCAGAGCGAGCAAGUCUCGACACGACUCACCGACGAGAGGUUCAUCGAGAUCAUGAUGUGGAGGCUGAAAGACCGAGACUCCUAUUUGGAGUGGCGCAGGAGGCUCAAUCAGAGUGCAAAGCCAAAGCCCCAGCCAGGUCUUCUGAAUCGAGAUUCCCUGCCGAAACCAGGUCCAAAGGGCGCUGCAAAGCCCAAGCCCAAAGCCAAAGCUUCGGGAGGAUUUAGGACAGAACGAAGCCUAGAUGGUGGCAAGUUUCUGAAUUCAUUGUUUGCUGCUUUGCGCCCGGAGCGAAGUGUGCCUGGUGCUAGAGCUUCUACAGUGCAUGCAGACAUUGGAACCUUUGUUUUGAGGCCGUCAGUCGGUCUCGCCAGGAUUGAGUCGCUUUUUCCACGAGCGCCCGGAGGGAAGAUAUGGCCAAUGCCGCUUCCCUUCCCCGAGAUGCAUGGUAAGCGUGCAAGCAGGCGACAGCCUGAUGGAGCCCGGAAGCUGGGGGUAAAUUUUGUCGUGCUGAUUUUGAACUGGCUGGCUCUAGGUGAGGCUUUUACAGACUUGAACACCAUCGGCCUGGGGACAAAGCUGAACUACCAGCAAUGGAGCGCAGUGAAGCGUUUCGUUCCCUUGGUCGAUACUUCGAAUGCUCAAGAGCAAGUCAACGCUGAACAGAUGGGCCGAUCUGCGGCCAAGCUUGAGAAUGUGGAAGCCUUGCUGUCUGACCUGGAGAAAGAGGCUGUGGGGCCAGCGAGCGAUUUUCGCGCUGGCAUGCGGAAGGUUGAAGACAGUUUUUGCGAAGGCGAUGAGACCCAAGGUAGGCAGAAGGUUGAGGAAGUCCGGGCGCAGUAUGACGCAGUAACUAGGAGUUUGAAGGGCCAAUUUUGGGGAGCGCAAGUUGAUGGGCGAGCGGGCCGGCUUCAGCCGAUUUUGACCAGGCUCAUCCCGCUUGCAAACAUCAUUCUGCGAGUUGUGGGAAGCCAGUUCACAGCGGAAGCUCAGAGGCAUGGGCUCCAGAAGGGGCUGUGGAAUAGACUUUUAGUCAGGGAGCACGCGCAACUUUUGCCCGAAGAAGGGCUGCCUGACCGAGCAUACGAUAUGCACCCGCUUUGGGAAGAAGUUUGUUCGGUUAAGCAGUUUAGAGUUUUGGGACAAGUCAAAAGGAGACAUCGCCGCAAGCACAUCAAUCUUGGCGAAGUCUCCGCAGCCCUGAGUGCGGAAAAAGAGAUGGGGGGCCGGCAGCCUGACUCCUACUACGUGCAUUUACAAGACAGCCAAGUUGCUCUAGCUUGUUUAGUGAAGGGAAGGAGCUCAUCGUCUGAGCUGAACAAGCUGCUCAGACGUAGCAUCCCAGACAAUGCGGGGCAGAACAUCAAAGCUUUUUACGGUUUUGUCAGGAGCAAAUUGAACCCUGCAGACGACCCUAGGGCACCCAAAAAGUUGAAGCAACCGGCCGGAGGGGUAGUGAAUGUGUCUUCAUUGCAUUCUGCAUCGGCGGCAUCUGUGUCCUUACCAGUUGUGACUGGGUCGGACUUGCCGUCAGCAGGGUCUGGCUUUGCUGGGAUCAAGAAGCGCAACGUAGCAUCAACUAUGGAGACAUCAGAAGUGAAGCUGACCAAGGUGAAGGAUGAAACGAAAAGGUUCAUUCCGACAGACAAUGCCUGCGCUCGGAUGGCUGGCGUUGCUCCUGGUGAAGCGGCGGCCCUGGGGAGCCGUGGCCCAGCCGCCAUCCUGCGCUUGAUCCCCUUCCCAUUGCUCCUGCCAGUGAAGCUAGUGGGUUACCUGUGCCGGGCUCUUCUUCCUCAGCGCAGAGCUCCAUUGGGGCUACUGCGGUAUUCGGUCCGGGGACCACUAGUGGAUCUGAGCAGGGACCUGAAGGUGCGGAUUGCGCUGUUGCGCCCGGCGGUUGCACUGCUGGGUUUUUCAAAAGCGUUUGUUCACAAGCACCAGACGUGGAGCCUCAGCUUUGACAUUAAGAAUGGGUCUGACGAAGACCUCCUUGAUCCUUGGUUGCAGAAAAGACUCCUGAAGCUCCUGCGGGCGGGGGCGUUUCGAGCCACGGCAGCGAGCCCAGUUUGCGCGUCAUUUUCGACUGCCAUUACUCCGCCCUGGAGGUCCAAAGAGUUUCCAGCAGGGAAGCCAGAUCUCACUGCCGAACAAGUCAGCAAGAUUGAGCUGGGACAACAGCAACUAAAGUUUUGGUUUUGGAAGCAGGAAGGGAAGCUUAGCUGGGAAUCCAUUCUGCAAGACCCAAAGGUCGGCGACUUCAGGCUCUCCGCUGACGGCUGCGCUCGUUGUUGUGGAAAGCGGAUUGGUGAAGCAACAAAUCCUGGCCCGCGACCUAAAUCUGGCGUGCGAAAACAGAGGAUCGACCGGCUCGAAGAUUACGAGCUGCUCGAGCCCCAGACUAUAGCAAUGAGACAACGCUUCUGGAAGAGCUUUGAAGCUUGGCUUUUUCAGGAGCUUGGGGAAGACUGUCUGGAUCACCUACUAGCAGCCCCUGUGCUUAUGGUCAAGGCUCUCGAGGCCUACGCCUCUCUGGAGUAUGCAGCGGGAACUCCGCUCCAUUACUAUAGACAGUCAGAAUUGCUUACUCCUGACGAUCUGCUGGCAGAAGAACAGGAGAGUGGAAAACAGGAAGAGGGAGCACGGGACAACAUGGUGCCAAAUGAAGAGAGCAAGGAUUGCAGGAAGGAUGGCAAGGUGCUUCCGUCGCUCUUUUCAAGACAACUAGACCGUGAGAGCAUGGCAGACGCCGCUGCGGAUGCUGAUCAUUCGCAGAAUGCGCAAGGGCGGAGCAGAAAGAAGUCCGGGCGCUGCAAACCGGUGGGGCUGAACGAUGCUUCUCUAAGACCAAAGGCAGCUCCAAAGCCCCCAGAAACAUCCAAGCAAUUGGAUUCUGCUGGCAUGGCUCAGGUCAGUGAGACGUCAGCUGCGAUGCAGCCUCUAGCAAGGACAAAGAGGCAAAAGCGUCCCAAGGAAAACGGACAUGCUGAGGAGCCAACCCAAGGCUUGCCAGGCCGUCGGAAGAAAAGGCGAAAGGCGUUGGGCAACACAGCACAUCCCGAGGGUGAACAUAUUUUCCAGGCUUCACGGGCCUCUUCCCAAGAGCUCCUGAGAGAGUCCAACCUGGAGUACCGACGACAACAGCUGAAAGACAAGUUGCUUGAGCUCAAGACGCAAAUUUCCAUACAGGCACCCAACAGCACCCACUUCACAGUCCAAAAAAGUGGGCAAAAUGUUGGGCAUGCUGCUGGUGCUGGUGGAAUUGAUGAUGCAGCAAGUUCAUAUUCGUAUAGUGACGACGAGGGCAGGCUUAGUGUUGCCAAGACUGAAGCAGAGCGAGCAGAGAACAGGACUGUUGUGCUCCGAAAUAAGCUCGAGGCAAACUGCGGUCAAUACGUUGAAGUCAUUUUUGCGUAUUGCUUGGAAGUGUUCUGA